CCCAGUUCAUUUCCAGUCUUGGGGAGAGACGGUCCAGCUCUGUGCUUUGGAAGGAAAGAGUCGCGUGGUCCUGGUGAUUCUAGCGGCGACGACAGGGAUGCGACCUGUCUGACAGCGUUCCCCUACCUGCGUGACUCUAUUGGUAACGUCGAGGGACGUGCAUAUUUUGAAGCCGGAGGACGUGCUCCCCUGUGCAUCCCCAUCCUAGCUCUUUGGUUCCUCCCACCCGGCAGUCUUUGGGGGACGUUAGAUCUGCCUGCUACUCGCUAUGCCGCUGCCCGUUGCUCUGCAGACCCGCUUGGCCAAGAGAGGCAUCCUCAAACAUCUAGAGCCCGGAAAAAGGUUCCCCACCCCUGUCUUAUCUGAAACCAGGAACAGGACAGAUUUAGAACCAGAGGAAGAGAUCAUUGCUGAGGACUACGAUGAUGAUCCCGUGGACUAUGAGGCCACCCGGUUGGAGGGCCUGCCACCCAACUGGUACAAGGUGUUUGACCCUUCCUGCGGACUCCCUUACUACUGGAAUGUGGACACAGACCUGGUGUCCUGGCUCUCCCCACACGACUCCAACUCCAUCGUUACCAAAUCUGCUAAGAAGCUCAGGAACAGUAAUGCAGAUGCUGAGGAGAAGUUGGACCGGAGCCAUGAGAAAUCGGACCGGAGCCACGAGAAAUCGGACCGGGGCCAUGAGAAAUCCGACAGGAGCCACGAGAAGUCUGACCGGGGCCACGAGAAAUCAGACAGAGACCGUGAACGUGGCUAUGACAAGGUGGACAGAGAAAGAGAGCGGGACAGGGAUCGGGACAGGGACCGGGACAGGGACCGGGACAGGGACCGUGACCGUGGAUAUGACAAGGUGGACAGAGAAGAGGCCAAAGAACGGCGCCAUCAUCGCCGGGAAGAGCUGGCUCCCUACCCCAAGAGCAAGAAGGUUUCAAGCCGGAAGGAUGAAGAGUUAGACCCAAUGGACCCCAGCGCAUACUCAGAUGCACCCCGGGGCACCUGGUCAACAGGACUCCCCAAGCGGAACGAGGCUAAGACGGGUGCAGACACGACAGCCGCCGGGCCCCUCUUCCAGCAGCGUCCCUACCCAUCCCCAGGGGCUGUGCUCCGGGCCAAUGCCGAGGCCUCCCGAACCAAGCAGCAGGACUGAACCCUCGUGGUUUUUAAUAAUAAAAGCUUUACAGUGGCUUGAACCCAC